GUCGGUUGUUUGACGGUGGUGAAGUGUCAGUGGGUACAUAGCUCCGUACAAACCUCAAAAUUUUCCGGUAAUUUCCAAUUUAUCUGUGGAAUAUUGUUAAUUUUCUUAAACAAGACGGUCCGGUUUACCGUUUUGUGCUAUUUUUUCAACCGAAUCGGCGAUUUUUUCGGAAAAACGGGUUUUUGAAAUCGGUAAAUUCUGACGUCUAGCUGCCACUUGAUAGAGGAGGUGACUAUUUGCAACAGUGCCUGUCUUUGAUGUUUUGGGGCUUUUUGGAUAUGGAAAGGACUAUUUCGAUACGGAAAUAUGCAGUUUAAUGAAUAAAUCCGAUAUUGUCUUAAGCAAAAGCCUAUCACGCAUUUUGAGGCACAGGGCCAGAGAGGAGCACCUUUGCAUCAGCCAGGAGGGUUACGUUGCGGUCGACGAGCUGUUGAAGAAUAGAUAUUUUCACAACUGCACCGUUGAGGAUAUAAAACGAGUGGUGGAUAGCAGUGACAAACAGCGAUUUAGUCUCAGAGUUUUUAAUGGUGCCCUAGAAAUCUGUGCCAACCAAGGGCAUUCUAUUCAAGGCCUUGAUAAGCUGAGCCUUGUGCCCAUAAGGGAACCUGGACAAUUCGAGGUGAUUCAUGGAACCUACUUUGGAAAGUGGGCGAAAAUAAAGCGCGAGGGGCUCAGUCGCAUGUCUAGAAACCACAUACACUUUGCCAAAGGUUUACCGUGCGAUAAAAGUGUUAUUAGUGGCAUUAGAAGCAAUUGUCAGGUGUUUAUUUACGUCAAUCUGAAAGCGGCCCUUGAAGCAGGAAUUCCGUUUUUCCUGUCAUCAAAUGGGCAGAGUUUGCGAUCUAUAUGGACAUUUGCUGUGGAACAAUUAACCAUGGGAAACGAUAGUGAAAAUGCCAGUACCGUGUACCAUUGCGCCAACUGCAAUAUGAAUUUUCCCAAUAAGAAAGCUUAUGAUAUUCACAACAAUCAGCCAGCACACCAAAUGGUUGCAAAAGCCACCACUAUCAGCGGAAAAAAAAAUUUUCAAAGGCCAGGAAUUUACGUGCGGGGCUAUCCACAGCACACGUUGCAGGCCGAUUUGGUUAAGUAUUUUUCGCAGUUUGGGCCGGUAGUAUGGGUGCAUUUUGGGUACGACUUUACCUUGUUGGAUUUCAACGAAAAAUCCAUUGUGGAAAAGGUGCUCUCGAAAAACUGCCACUAUUUGAAUGGGCGACGACUUUUAGUCAAAUACAAAGAAAAUAAAAAGGCUUUUGGCCCAGUGCGACAGGACAGAACUGAUGAUAAAACUUUCGAAGCGAUAGUCACUGGAUUGAAAGACGUGGACGACUUUGAGGUAGAAUUUGGUGUUAUGAUUGCAAAGCUAAAGCCGAAUCGAAGGGCCCAGGAGGUGGAAGCGUACGAAUUGAUUUGUAAGGAUCUGCGCCAGUUUUUGGGGGAAAAGUUUUUCAAUAUGGAAGUGCACCCGUUUGGUUCCACUGUGACGGAAUUGGGCUUCAGCAACAGCGACAUCGACGUAUAUCUGGCCAAUGUGAAGCCGUUUGCACAGCCGGACGAUAUUCCCAUUCUGCGUGAAAUUAAGAAGAUUUUGGUGAGAUCACACAGGUUUGGUUGUUGCUUCGUUAUUCCCAGUGCCAACGUGCCCAUAGUCCGAUGCGUACAUUUGAAGACUGGGAUACAGUGCGACAUUAACAUUAACAACAUGUUGGGGGUGUUCAAUAGCGAGCUUAUUCGCUACUAUAUGAGCAUUGAUCCGAAAGUGCAACAGGCCAUGCUGGUCUUGAAGUACUGGGCGAAAUGCCACAAUUUCAAGGGCCAAAGUCAGUUUUUUUCGAAUUACGCCUUCACGAUGAUGUUUAUUUUUUUCUUACAACAAAGUCCUUACUACCUCCCAACCGUUGAGUCAAUUCAGCAAGUGAAACAGCAGACUUUUUGGAGCAUUCCCCAUCAUUCUAAGCCGCCGUUUGCGCCCAUGGCUCAGUUCCGAAGUGAGGCCUUGACGAAAGCGCUCCUGUUGGAGCUGGUGGAGCAAUUCUUCAAGUUCUACGCAGAAUAUCCUUACCACCAGGAAGUUAUUUGCCCUUAUCUGGGAAAGUCAAUUUUAAAAGAAGCCUUUCAAUCGCCCUCAGAGCAAGCGAACUGUAAAUUUCUCCAAGCAAGCAUGGCAGGCAACGAAGAUAAUGGGCUGGCUGUUAGUCGUACAGUUUGCGUACAAGAUCCCCUGGAUCUCAACAAAAACGUGACCAUUACAGUAACUGGUCCCAUGCUCAGGCGACUGGUGCUCUUUUGUAGGCUGGGCAAGAAAAUUUGCGCCAGCAGAAAAUCCGUGCUGUAUAAACUAUUGACUGAAGUCCCAUGCGACUACAAAAAACAGCCAGUGCACGAAAACGCUGACUCGUUUCAAGUAGUCAUUCACGAGGCGGUGAUCGGUGGCCCGGAGUGGUUCAAAAACCUUAUAGAGUUUCUACGAAUUGCCCUGGAAACGUUUCUGCUUUUCACCGUUACAACUGAAGAGGAGCAUGCAGACAACCAGACAGUCACAGUCUUCGCAUGCAAUUGCAAGUAUAGCCUGUGGGACGGCAGAAAGUCCACGGCCAAGCAGUUGAACUUAUCUGCGCAGAAACUGAGCCUUGUGGAAAGGGAACAAACUAUUACAAACCACAUGAAAGCUGCGAUUCCUGAUCAUAUGAAAGAUCUUCCCGUCCUUCUCAGCUUCAAGAUUACUGUGACUCGCAAUGAGGACGAGGCGCUGAUUUGCGCCAAUAAGCUGGCAGCUUACAAGAAGACCUUCAAGUCAUUUGCCCAGUUUUUUGUUUGUAACUUUGCGACCUGGUUUGAGCUGUACCAAAACGACGACAAUGUCAGUGAAUUAGGGCGGCAGUAGGUUUUAUUCAUGGAAUUUGGUAUUCUGUACAGAGUGUCUCAGAAAUAAGUACCGUGAAUUGAAGUAAAUUUUAAUGAAACUUUGGACAGGGAAGGCUGUAUCGCCAUGGCAUGAAAAUAUUUUUUUAGGGUUAAACACGCUAUAUUGUCGUUCCCUUAUGAACGCACAAAUUUGUAAAUACAAAGAAAAAAUAAAAAUAAAAUCUAAUAAUAUUAAUAAUAAAAAAAGGGGAAUUAAUUGCUGCCAACAACAGGUAUGCCAGCAUGGUUUUACCUAAACCAGCAAGGAAUUGAAAAACAACGUCGGUUGUUUGGCCUUAAAAUCGUCAAAUAAGUAGGACCGCAAAGGUUCCUGAACGGCAAAGGGGGAUUAGGAAACCGAUAAAGUGCGAGCAAAUUUUUACGGUAAAAAAAAUCCCCCACCAGAGAAACUCAACACCUGAAAAUAAAGUUAAUUAAUAAUAAUAAUAUGAAUUGAAAAUCUGCCCCAAAACUGGGCUGUUUUUCAUUUGAUGUGUCUGCAUUCUGAAAUCGACUACUUUUAACUGUGACCAGGUAGCUACUUGAAGUUUACACAUGUUGUAGAAGAAACUCUGAUCUAGAAAUCCUGUAAGUUUGACACGUCUUGCACAACGUGAAAUUCUCACAGGUUAUACAAGAAGAAUAUAAAUCUAUGGAUCUGAAAAGUUUUAAACCCGAGCCAACUACAUUUUUGAUAAUUUUUCAAAAUCUGCCCUAGAAACUGACUGUUUUGCAUUUGCCGCGUCUGCAUUCUCAAAUGGCUCACUUUUAAAGACGAUCAAGUAGCGACUUGAAAUUCCCAUGUCUUUAUAGAGCAAGUCUGAAUCUAUCAAUCCGGAAAGUUUCAUUCUAAACAAGCUCCAGCUCGAUUUUUGUCAUUGUCUGAAAAUCUGCCCCAAAACUAGACUGUUUUUCAUUUGGCGCGUCUGCAUUUUAAAAUCGACUACUUUUAACUGUGACCAGGUAGCUACUUGAAGUUUACUACUCAAGUUAUAGAAGAAACUCUAAUCUAUAAAUCCUAUAAGUUUCAUUCUCAAGCUGUCCCAGCUCGAUCGUUUACAAUUUUUCAAAAUCUGCUUAAAAACUAGAGUGUUUUUAAUUUAGCGCGCCUCUAUUCCUAAACGGCUUUACUUUUAAAUGUGAACCAGUAGCGACUUUAAAUUCUCACACGUUAUACAAGAAGGUUAAAUCUAUGAAUCUGAAAAGUUUUGUUCUAAACCCGAGCCAACUGAAUUUUUGAUAAUAUUUCAAAAUCUGCCCUAGAAACUUGACUGUUUUGCAUUUGCCGCGUCU